UCGAGCGCUAUCCGGUGCCGCUCAGUCAUUCGCUGAUGAGCUUUCGACGAGGACACACGUUCGCUCAUAAGUCAUAAGUAUUUUCGCAAAGAAAAGUGUUGUGAUAAUGCAGUUAGCUGAUAUUUUGUGUUACGUGGUUUUGACGAUAACUGUCACAGCAUGUAUCGCAGCAGAAGAAAAAGAUAACGAAAUAGAAGAAAAAGAAGAAGGUAAAAGAAUAAUAAGUAAAAGAGAAGCGACACUAAUACUAGAAGACUAUCCAAUGGAUAGAAUAUUCCAAAAGCCUAAAGUCAUAUACAGAAGAAUAUCGAAGCAGAGAUACGGACCUCCAAAAUCAAUGUAUGGACCACCAAAGCCAAAGUAUAGGCCGCCGCAAGUGUCAAGGAAACCGGCAAAGAAAAUACGCAAGGGAGGGCCAAAAGCUACUGCUCCGCGUUAUGGAACACCACGGUCCACCAGCAAACAUAUAGCUAACAUAAACGGAAAGCGAGCAUCAAAGAAUAAAGGUAACUACAGCAAGGGUAAAGCGAGACCGAACAACAAGCCAGGAUUCGGACAUAUUGUCAAGUUGCCUCAUUAUUCUUUCUUUGCGGUCGAGAAACCAAGUUUUGGGGAACCACCAGUGGCGCAUGUGAAUGAUUACCAGGAGCCAAAACAAAGUUACGGAGAACCCCCCGUCGACUCUUAUGGAGCGCCACUAAAAAGCAGUACCAAUGACAUUUACUCAACCCCUCAGAGCUUCCAGGAAACAUCGCAACCUUACGGCGUUCGUGGAUUCAACAGGCAUGAGUACCAAUGGACGAAACACACUCAGUCUCCUGAUUCAAACUAUGCUUUCUCAAAAAAGAAGCCGGCUUACUCCGACAAUCAAAUCUACGUCACUCCUUCCCCUAAAGAUUUUAAUGAAGAAGCUAUGAACUUAGACGUUGCAGAUAAGCAAGUGAUGCAGGAUAGCAAAUUUUUCUUUAGAAAAAAGCGGCCGUUUUACUUUGCUGACUCUAAGGUACUGAACAAGCCGUGGAAAUCGAAUAAGCAGGAUGACUUUGAAGAUGAAAUUAUUGUUGGUGGACAAUACGCUGAGCCUCCAGGGAGGUACAUGCCGAAAGUACCUCCUCACUCACCAAUGUACGAUGAUAAUGAGGAAGAUGAGGACUCGUUCACUGGUCAACAUGGUUACGUAGACAUCGACAUGGCGUUGUCAGCCAAUAACUCACCGUACUCCAACUACAAGCACAGCAAUAUGGCGUUCAGUCCACAGAACCUCAAUGAUGCCUUCAGUAUAGUUGACUAGUUUUAAGAAAAUUUGUUUUAUUUAUUUGGUACUGAUGUAAAAGGUCGUAUGGACAGUGUGGAUAGAGAAGUAUGUUCAAUAUAAUUAUUUAUGUAUGACAAAGAUGAAUCUUGAUUGGAUGGAUCUCACGACCACACAUGAAGUGUGAAAUAAUUUCUCUGUCUAAAAAAAAAUCGUGAAACAAAUUCCGACUUGAGUUUUGUAGGUGUAGUACCUUGAUAAUAUUGACGAAAAUAACCUUGUUUUAGGUCAACGAUGUAGUUUUACCUUACCUAUUAUCCUUUACAUUCUGCAUUCAUUUGAUAUUUGAUAAAAUAUUUUUGCCAGAUUUAUUUUUGAUCCGAUAUCAAAAUUAUAUCAAGGUUCUAUUUUUAUCUUUGUGUUACAUAUUAUGUAUAUGCAUGCGUACUUAAAUUAGCGUUUUGAAAUUAGACAAUUUCGAAAAAAGUA